AUGUUUUUCACGGGAAGUCUACACGAAGGCAUUGCUACUGCGCUGCAGCAGAGCAAAUGCGUCUUCUGCUUCGUCACGGAUGAGGAAGCUGAAAGCCAGACGUGGGAGACCGAGUAUCUGAAGGAGAGCUCGAUUGCGACGUUGCUACAAGAUGAGGCCGUCUCACUGCGCCUGAAGAAGGGAUCGGAAGAGGCUGGCUACCUGGCCGCCAUCUUCCCGCUGCCCAACACGCCCACUGUAGUCGUGAUCAAAAAUGGCGACCUCAAGGAGUACAUCGUCGCCGGCACCAGCAAGGACGAGUUUGUCAGACGAGUGACAACCGCAUUCCGCGGCGCUCAAGGUCAACCAGCUACAACAAGUCCAACACCCGCAACACCUCCCGCACCGGCUGCCCAGCCCACCGACAACCUGUACGACGAGACCCCGUACAACCCUCCCCGCGCCGCAGCCGCUCCCGUCAACACGGAAACUCAACCUGCCAGGCCCGGCACCUCCCCCUCUUCCAGCCCGCGCGGUCCCGCAACGCCGACCCAGGAGGAAGACAACGCCGCGACCCUGCGCGCAGUCCUCGCAGAACGCGGCGCGCGCCUGGAGGCUCAGCGCCUCGAAUCCGAAAAGAAGGCAAAGGCUGCUCGCGCGGCCGCGGCGGAGAAGGCAGAGAGCGACAGCUCCAAGCAGGCCGAGCAGACGCGCAGCCACAAGGAGGCGCUCAAGAAAGCGCGCCAGGAGGCCGCUGACGAAAAGGCACGCAUCCUCAGGAAGAUUGAGGACGACCGCGCCGAGAGGAGGGCUAAAGCCGCUGAGCGCGCUGCGCUGAGGGAGCAGGCUUCUUCGCCCAAACUCGGGGAGGUCGCGGCCGCGUUGACGAGGUCGGAGUCGAGUUCCCUGGCCCCGUCGAGCUCUUCCGCGAGCGGCAUGACGGCGCUGCAGGUCCGUCUGCUGGACGGGUGCACGAUCCGCUCGCGGUUCCCUAGCGGCAAGACUCUCGGCGGCGAGGUGCGCAAGUGGAUCGAGAGCGAGAGGACGGACGGGGGCAGCGGGGAGCCGUUCCGGUUCAAGGUUGUUCUAGCGCCGCGGCCGAGCAGGCUUAUCGACGACACGGAGGAGGGCAAGAGCCUCGCGGAGCUGGGUCUUUCGCCGUCUUCAACGCUCGUGCUGGCGCCGGUCGGCGCACAUGUCGGCGCGUACGAGGGGUCGUCAUCAUUUGGGAGCGCGGCCUUGACGUUCCUUUUGCUGCCGUUGACGUUCCUGCAGUGGCUGUGGGGCCUCGUCUCUGGCGUGUUCUCCGGUCUUGGAGCGAGGCAGGAGGCGGCCGAGGAGCAGGGCGCGGAGCCCGUCACGGUCAGGGAGCAGCGGAAGGGUAAGUUUUCGCAGUUUGCGAACCCGGAUGAUCAGAGGGGUGAUCAUCAGUUGUAUAAUGGCAACUCGCUGAACUUUGAGCCGCGGCCGGAUGAGAAGAAGGACGAAUAG